AGCCCAGUAGAUUGAGAGGGAGAAUGACUACUUAGAUUGCUCGAUUAACAUCUAAAGCACAUCUUGUGGCAUCUUUUCAUCAGUAAAAUCUAACACACUCAGUUUGAAAUCAACAUUAAAUCAUUACACUGAACAAUACAAGUGUAUCCAAUUGAUUCUUGUGCCAAUAGUUUAAUUUAAAUCGAUCAAAAUGGAAGAGGAAAUGUUAGGUGAGAAAUGCGGCGUUUUUGGAUGCAUAACUAACGGAGACUGGCCAACUAAUCUAGAUUGUGCUCACAUCAUUUGCCUUGGACUUAUUGGUCUUCAACACAGAGGCCAAGAAGCUGCCGGAAUAGUUACUUGUAAAUAUGCAACUGAACCCUUCUCAGUUCACCGUGGAAUGGGUUUGGUAAGCCAAAUAUUCAAUGAACCGAUUAUGUUGUCCCUUAAGGGUAACUUGGGGAUUGGACAUACACGAUACUCGACCAUGGGUGGUGCAGAUAGUGUUUCAUUAGCUCAACCUUUUGUGGUGCACACAAGUUAUGGGACAAUCGCUGUGGCUCAUAAUGGUGAACUUGUCAAUUCAGCUCCAUUGAGGCAAAAAAUUCUGGAAAAUGGAGUUGGAUUAUCCACUGGAAGUGACUCUGAACUAAUCACACAAUGCUUGAGUAUGCCACCACCAGAUCAGUUCAAAAAAGAGCCAGUCUCAAUUGUUAUAACGGAUGAAGAUGUUGGUUCAAAUGGUGAACUGAAUAACAAGGGGAUCAAUAAUUUGAAUAACGGGGUUAACGGAACUAAAAGGAAAGCUAAAAAGAAGAAUUCGCUUCUUAAUGAUGUUGAGCGAAGUGAAGAGGAAAUAUUAUCUCGAUUAAAACAUUUUGUUUCCUUAACUCCACUUUCAUACUCAUUGAUUGUUAUGUACAAUGAAUGUUUAUACGCAUUAAGAGAUCCAUUUGGUAAUCGACCUUUAUCCCUUGGUAUGUUGGUACCUCCGACAGAUCGUAAUACUCGAGUAUCUAAAGACAUUCAAAGAGCUGAAGGUUGGGUCGUUUCUAGUGAAUCUUGUUCAUUCCCUUCAAUCUGUGCAACUCUAUUUCGUGAUGUUGAGCCUGGUGAAAUAGUUAAAUUGGAGCGUAAUAAGGAACCCAAAUCAUUGUGUAUAAUUCCGCGUCCAGCCAAUCAUGAUUACCCUGCCUUUUGUAUCUUUGAAUAUGUUUACUUUGCCAAAGCGGAUUCCAUUAUUGAAAGUCAGAUGGUUUAUUCAGUACGAGUGAGUUGUGGUCGUCAACUUGCGCGUGAAGCACCCAUUGUCUAUGAUCCAUCUAAGGAAUACAUCGUUUCUCCUGUUCCUGAAUCGUCUAAUCCAGCAGCUCUUGGCUUUGCACUUGAGUCUGGUGUUCCCUUUGUUGAAGUAUUUUGUAAGAAUCGUUAUGUUGGACGAACAUUUAUUCAACCUUCAACUCGAUUGCGACGUCUUGGAGUUGCUAAAAAAUUUGGCCCACUCGUUGAAAAUUUUAAAGGCAAAUCAAUUAUCCUUAUUGAUGAUUCGAUUGUCCGAGGAACUACAAUUGGUCAACUUGUUCGUCUUCUCAAAGAUGCUGGAGCCGAUGAUGUUCACAUUCGAAUAGCUUCACCGCCACUUCAUUAUCCAUGUUACAUGGGAAUCAACAUUCCAACUGCAGAAGAGCUCAUUGCCAACCAUUUAAAUGCUGAACAGCUUGCUAAUUCAUUGGGAGCUGCUUCACUCAAAUAUCUAUCUGUAGAAGGAUUGAAGCUAUCAGUUCAAAGGGGAAUUCGGGAAAGGCAGCAGUCCACUAAUGUAAAUAAACCAAUAGGACAUUGUGUUGCCUGUUUAACAGGAGAGUAUCCUGUAGCUUUGGAUUUUUAAAGCUCAUCAAAACGCGUUAAUCAUUACCACCUUCACUUCAACCAUCAUUCACAUAAUUAUUAUAAGAACUUCCAAAAGACCACAUCUUAAUACAAAAUACAAGCAUGAAUCCGUUCAAAUUCAGCCAGUCUUUCAAUUGGUUCAAUCUUUUAUAUCGAAGAGUUUACAUCCACUUGUUGAACAAGUUUGGUUACAAUUAUUAUUUCAAUUAUGACAAUUCAUCUCCAUUUUUGACUGUUUUCCGGCCCAUAUUUUUAGUAUAUUAAAUUAAAUUCAGCUGGAAAGGAUGGAUUGCAGACAUGAACUUUAUUUUUAACAAAAUUAUGCAAUUUUAUUUUAUUUUCCUUUUAUUCCAAUGCCUUAAAUGCAUAAAACCCACUCAAUUAAAAAUAAACAACAAAUUUGUGAUAAUCUAUCUUAAAAAA